AGAAAACCAAACUUUACACCAGUCGAAUGUGCAGUUAUUUUCGAACAAGUGGAAGAAAAUAUCAAAAUCACCAAUAGUAAAUUUUCCACGACACUUUCAAACAAAAAUAAAAGUCAGGUAUGGGAGUUAAUAACUGAAAAAGCCAAUGCGCCCGGAGUUGCGAAAAAGAACUAUCAUGGAAGUGAAGGAAAAGUGGAGAGAAAUGGUCAGAGGAGCAAAUAAAGAAAAUAGCAAACGUUCUACUGCAAGAAAGAAGACCAGGGGUGGAAAGAAACCAGAUGCCUUAAAGGCUACAACGGGAAAAAUUGUCGAGCCAUUUGAAACAGACCCGUCUUUCAGCGGCAUUUUGGGCGGCAUCGAUUCUGUUAACGCGUGGUAA